AUGGAGUAUUUGAAGGACUUUGAUUUUGAGCUUAAGUAUCACUCGGGGAAGGCGAAUAAGGUUGCGGGUUCCUUAAGUCGGAAAGAGAUGCAUAAAGUUGAGUUGAUGAUGUUAGAAUACACAUUGUUGGAAAAGUUCCGAGAUCUUAAUAUUCAGUUUAGUUGGACGCAGGAUGGUGUGAUAAUGGGAAAUUUGAAUGUUACUUAUAACCUAAGGGAAGAGAUCCGACAAGGACAAAUGAUAGAUGAGAAGUUGCAAGAGAUGUCGAUUCAACUAGGUUUCGCUCAGUCACCAGAUGGAGUUAUUCUGUUUAAUCAAAGGAUUUGUGUUCCGAAUGAUGCUGAGCUGAAAAUAAAAGUUUUAGAGGAAGGCCACAAGGGGCGUUUACCAUACAUCCAGGUGAAGAUCGAACAUCAGAAGCCAGGUGGUUUAUUGCGACCUUUAGAGAUUCUAGUUUAG